AUGCGGUGGCGUGACCGCAUAUCUGUGUUCUUCUUUCCACCAGGCAUGAUGCUUACCAUGACCGCACUGCUGCUCUUCUUCAUACACCUGGCCGUUUUUGCCAAUGAUGUGCAUAACUUCUGCAUCACCCACCACUAUGACCACAUGAGCUUCCACUACACGACUGUCCUGAUGUUCUCCCAGGUGAUCAGCAUCUGCUGGGCUGCCAUGGGGUCACUCUACGCGGAGAUGACAGGUGACAAGUUUCUGCGGUGCUUUGCCCUGACCAUCCUGAUGCUCAAUGAAGCCAUGUUCUUCAACCGCCUGUCCCUGGAGUUUCUGGCCAUCCAAUACCGGGAAGAGAACCACUGA